UUAUUUUAGUAUUAUGCAUGCAGGUUGGACGUCUGUUUUUGACGGACUGCAGUCGCGUGCAGCUGAUUGGAAACAAACGUCCACGUCCUCUUGCUGGCGCACGCCGCUGACCGUUCAGCGUGAGGCGCAUGCGUGAACUUAACAGUUUGGGGGGUUGCACGAGUACUUUUUCUCUAACGUUACCCGUUUCGCCGGAAUUUAAACCAAACGGACUGCUCUAUAACAUUAAAUGCGUUGGGAUAUACACGUCAAGAAGGGGACAUUACUUUGUCAUCACGAGGAAACCUUUUUGUCGUUUCCAAUAUCAGGUCAGCACCAACGUAGCCUCUGUCUGUUAGCCAUCCUAACUCAACGAUAAGGCAAUGAGCCUGUGCCUUAACAGCUAGCUAACUAGCUAGUGCCGACUAGUAUGACAUGUAGCUCGCAAUGAAUUAGUGUCUUUAUGCAGAUGGAGGGACGAGCAACAUGUCUUUUAUUAACACUUGAUUGAAUUGUUAAUGUUCAACAAGCUGUACAAGACGUAGUUAUUUGCACAAGUACUACGACAGCCAGCGUGUUCACUGUCUCGCUACCUUGCUGGUAGCUACCCCUGCCUAGCCACAGCUACCCUGCUAGCGUGCGCCUGGUAACCUUAGCUAGCUGUCCUGCUACGCAGCAUAAUAACGUUACCGUGGCUCCGGUCACGUCGUUUGCAACCUGUUUGCAACGUCUGUCAGCUUGCAGAGACAAUGCAGGGAUAAGUCAUUAUGGGAACAUAGAGAAAAGAAGUAUAUUUUUAUUAUUUAAGUUUUAGUUGUUCGUUAGCUGAAUGUUAACAUGUCUACGACUGGGUUCACGGACCUGCGCGAGAAGCUGAAGGCCAUGACGCCGCACAGAGACAACCUGAAAAACAAAAUCCCCGAGCGGACCAACGGCGGCGCCAAGAAACGUAAGUACCGCGAGGAGUCCGAGGAGGACACCAGCGACCAGGAGCAGCGCGAGGCCGAGGCUCAGCGCGUGAAGGAUGGCAUCAAGCAGGCGACCGUCUUCAGCGCUCAGGACUGCGCGCUUAUUGAGCAGAAGAUUGACGAGGUGGUCGCCAAGGGUGACAAGGGUCUGUACCGCGAACACACGGUGGACCGCGCGCCCCUGAGGAAUAAGUACUUUUUCGGGGAGGGGUACACGUACGGAUCCCAGUUGGAGCGCCGCGGACCGGGGCAGGAGCGCCUCUACUCGAAAGGCGAAGUGGACGACAUACCGGACUGGGUGCACGAGCUAGUGAUCGAGCGUCUGGUGGACCGCGGGCUACUACCCGAGGGUUUUGUCAACAGCGCCGUGAUCAACGACUACCAGCCUGGCGGUUGCAUAGUGUCUCACGUGGACCCCAUCCACAUUUUUGAGCGACCCAUCGUCUCCGUGUCACUCUUCAGCGACAGCGCGCUCUGCUUUGGAUGCAAGUUCCAGUUCAAGCCCAUCCGCGUGUCUGAGCCCGUGCUCUAUCUCCCCGUACUCCGCGGGAGCGUCACCGUCCUCAGUGAUUAUGCGGCCGAUGAAAUCACCCACUGCAUCAGGCCACAGGACAUCAAGGAGAGGAGAGCAGUGAUCAUCCUCAGAAGGACGAGGUCAGAUGCACCGCGAUUGGACACACAUCCUAUAAGCCCCGCCCCUAUUCCCUCAGAGCGAUCAAACAAACGCUCCCACCGUAGGGCUGAGCCAGACGCUGCUCACAGGCCACGCGUUCUGGAGAUGGAUAAGGAGGAGAGCCGCCUGUCUCGUGUCCGCGGCCGCAGAGACUACAGUUCCCAUGAAGCACCGGGUGACGGUCCUACACGCAGGGUCAAGAUGAGACGCCACUGAGGGACACGUAUGCCAUGGCAACCGGCACCGUGGCAACCAGAACCCUCCCCCACAGAUGGCACACACAUUGAAUGCUCCUGUGUUCUCAGUCCUGAACUUUUAUUCUCGUCUCUCUCUCACGCACACACACACACACACACACACACACACACACACCCCCACCACCACCAUCAUCUACAGAUACAUACACCCCUGUCUAUAUAUACACACACACACACACACACACACACACCCUACUAAUAGACAGUUUCAGCUACGGCCAGUAUGGUGGGAGGGUCCAGCCCCCCCCCCGUAGGCAUUUGGAAGACAUUGAGAGGUGGACUGGAGCGAGUGUGUGUGUGUGUUUCAUCCAAAAUGUAUGCCAUUAUAGAUGAGAGUGUGUGUGUCUGUGUGUGU